UUUUGUUCCCGUUUGCUGUAGGAAAACCAGCAGCACCAAUAGACGGGAUAUAUAGCAGCUAGCUAGUUACGUUAGCUACAUAGCUAGAGUGACUCGACAAUUAAAACCCAAGCUAGCCCAACUCUGUACCCCGAUCUAAGCGCGUUGUUCUUUUGACUUUUAAAUUUUCGUCUGGUUUUCUCUUUUCUUUUUAACUCACGAAGAAUAAUCCUGGUUGUCCUUAUCGCUAGAUACACAACAGAAGGAGCGGUUUGCAGACACUGAGAGGGGACAGAGAAGGAUUAUUGAUGUCCAGCUCGCCGCUGUCCAAGAAGCGCCGCGUGUCCGGAUCAGAGACGAAGACGGGAUCUCACUGCUCCUCCUCUAACUCUGUCAGAACUGAACUGUCCCACACUCCCGCCAACGGCAUGGCUAAGAAUGGCAGUGAAGCUGAGAUUGAUGAAGGCCUCUACUCCAGACAGCUCUACGUGCUCGGCCACGACGCCAUGAAGCGCAUGCAGAGCUCCAACGUGCUCAUCUCGGGCCUGCGCGGGCUGGGCGUGGAGAUCGCCAAGAACGUCAUCCUGGGCGGCGUCAAGAGCGUCACCCUGCACGACCAGGCCGUCGCCGAAUGGAGGGACCUGUCUUCACAGUUUUACCUCCGCGAGGAGGACCUGGGGAAGAACCGCGCGGAGGUGAGCCAGCCCCGCCUGGCUGAGCUCAACAGCUACGUGCCUGUGGCCGCCUACACUGGACUGCUCACCGAGGACUACCUCACCCAGUUCCAGGUGGUGGUGCUGACCAACUCCAGCCUGGACGAGCAGCUGCGCAUCGGGGAGCUGUGCCACAGCAAGGGCAUCAAGCUCAUCAUCGCUGACACGCGCGGGCUGUUCGGCCAGCUGUUUUGUGACUUCGGGGAGGACAUGGUGGUGUUCGACACCAACGGGGAGCAGCCUCUCAGUGCCAUGAUCUCCAUGAUCACGAAGGACUCUGCCGGGGUGGUGACGUGCCUGGACGAGGCUCGGCACGGCUUCGAGAGCGGCGACUACGUCACCUUCACCGAGGUGCAGGGCAUGACGGAGCUCAACGGCUGUCAGCCGGUGGAGAUAAAAACCCUGGGUCCUUACACCUUCAGCAUCUGCGACACGACCUCCUUCUCAGACUACGUGCGAGGUGGGAUCGUCACCCAGGUCAAGAUGCCCAAGAAGAUCGCCUUCAAAUCCCUGUCAGCCUCCAUGGCGGAACCGGAGAUCCUGAUGACCGACUUCGCCAAGUUCGACCGGCCGGGCCAGCUGCACGUGGGCUUCCAGGCCCUGCACGGCUUUGAGAAGAAGCACGGCCGCCUGCCGAAGCCCUGGAGCCAGUCGGACGCCGAUGAGCUGGUGUCCCUGGCGAACGGCGUGAACGCGGCGCAGUCCGGGAGUGCCAAGCAGGAGCAGCUGGACGAGGGCGUGCUGAAGAAGCUGGCCUACGUGGCGGCGGGCGACCUGGCCCCCCUCAACGCCUUCAUUGGAGGGCUGGCCGCGCAGGAGGUCAUGAAGGCGUGCACUGGCAAGUUCAUGCCCAUCAUGCAGUGGCUGUAUUUCGACGCCCUGGAGUGCCUGUCCGAGGCCGAGGGAGCCAUGCUCACCGAGGAGGAGUGCGCGCCCAGGAACUGUCGCUAUGACGGACAGAUGGCUGUGUUUGGGUCCAAGCUGCAGGAGGAGCUGGGCAAACAGAGAUACUUCCUGGUGGGAGCGGGCGCCAUCGGCUGCGAGCUGCUGAAGAACUUCGCGAUGAUGGGCCUGGCCUGCAGCGAGGGGGAGGUCAUCGUCACCGACAUGGACACCAUCGAGAAGUCCAACCUCAACAGGCAGUUCCUCUUCAGGCCCUGGGACGUCACGAAGAUGAAGAGCGAGACGGCGGCCGCCGCGGUGAAGCAGAUGAACCCCUCCAUCCGAAUCACGGGGCACCAGAACCGGGUGGGUCCCGACACGGAGAGGAUCUACGACGACGACUUCUUCGAGGGCCUGCACGGUGUGGCCAACGCUCUGGACAACGUCGACGCCCGCAUGUACAUGGACCGCCGGUGCGUGUACUACCGGAAGCCACUGCUGGAGUCAGGCACGCUGGGCACCAAGGGCAACGUGCAGGUGGUGAUCCCCUUCCUCACCGAGUCCUACAGCUCCAGCCAGGACCCCCCCGAGAAGUCCAUCCCCAUCUGCACCCUGAAGAACUUCCCCAACGCCAUCGAGCACACGCUGCAGUGGGCCCGCGACGAGUUUGAGGGACUCUUCAAGCAGCCGGCAGAGAAUGCGAUCCAGUACUUGACGGACCCCAAGUUUAUGGAGCGCACGCUGAAGCUGCCAGGGGCGCAGCCUCUGGAGGUGCUGGAGGCCGUGUACAGGAGCCUGGUGACGGACUGCCCCCGCAGCUGGGAGGACUGCGUGUCCUGGGCCCGCAACCACUGGCAGUGCCAGUACAGCAACAACAUCCGCCAGCUGCUGCACAACUUCCCCCCGGACCAGCUCACCAGCUCUGGCGCUCCUUUCUGGUCUGGUCCGAAAAGGUGCCCCCACCCGCUCGAUUUCAGCACCAGCAAUGACCUGCAUAUGGACUACGUCAUGGCCGCAGCCAAUCUGUUCGCCCAGUCCUACGGGAUCCCCGGCUCCAACGACCGCGCGGCCGUGGCCCGUCUGCUCCAGGACGUCAAGGUCCCCCCCUUCACCCCCAGGUCAGGGGUCAAAAUCCACGUCUCCGACCAGGAGCUGCAGAGCGCCAAUGCCUCUGUCGCAGAUGACUCAAGACUGGAGGAGCUGAAGUCUCUGCUUCCCAGCUCAGACUCUUUGUCCCAGUUCAAACUCUGUGCCAUUGACUUCGAAAAGGAUGAUGACACCAAUUUCCACAUGGACUUCAUUGUAGCUGCCUCCAACCUCAGAGCGGAGAACUACGACAUUCCCCCCGCGGACCGGCACAAGAGCAAGCUGAUCGCGGGGAAGAUCAUCCCGGCCAUCGCCACCACGACGGCAGCAGUGGUGGGGCUGGUGUGCCUGGAGCUGCUGAAGAUCGUGCAGGGCCACCGGCGGCUGGAGUCCUACAAGAACGGCUUCAUGAACCUGGCGCUGCCCUUCUUCGCCUUCUCCGAGCCCAUCGCCGCACCGAGCCACAAGUACUAUGACAUUGAUUGGACACUAUGGGAUCGCUUUGAGGUGAAAGGCCUGCAGCCCAACGGGGAGGAGAUGACUCUCAAGCAGUUCCUGGACUACUUCAAGAACGAACACAAGCUGGAGAUCACGAUGCUGUCUCAGGGGGUCUCCAUGCUGUACUCCUUCUUCAUGCCGGCCGCCAAGCUCAAAGAGAGGCUGGAGCUGCCGAUGACUGAGAUCGUGACAAAGGUCUCUAAGAAGAAGUUGGGGAAGCACGUGCGGGCGCUGGUGUUCGAGCUCUGCUGCAACGACCUGAACGACGAGGACGUGGAGGUGCCCUACGUCAGAUACACCAUCCGCUGAGACGCACACACGGGCGGCCGGGGCGGGGACGGGG